CACUCGAACUGUAUGUCGGUCACACCUGUCAGUGAUGAGAGAGACAAUGGGGAGCUUUAGAGGACAAAGACGGUGAUGAUGUUACCGGGUUGACGGGAAAAAGAAGUGUUCACACUGGGAUCGAGAUGGAGUUUCUUCAGCAUCUAGCACACUCGCUGAAAAGUGCUCGAACAGUCGAGCUUCCGCUAGAUAAUCGAUCAGCGUUUUACAUGUUGAUGUCCAUGGUAAUUGCAAACCAACAUAGGUCAGUGGCUGAGUUACUGGCAAACUCCAAGUUUGAUGUCAACUACACUUGUGGAAGAGCUCAGCGAAAUCUACUUCAUAUUGCUGCAAACUGCGGUGCCUAUGAAUGCCUGAGUUUACUGCUGAAGAAGGGGGCCAAAGUAAACUGUCAGGAUAUGUCUGGCUGUACCCCCUUACACCUGGCGGCCAGGAAUGGACAAAGAAAAUGCUUGAGCAAACUGGUGGAGUACAAAGCUGAUGUGAACAUUCGCAACAAUGAGGGACUGACCACGCUCCACUGGUUGGCUGUGAAUGGCAGAACAGAACUGUUGCAUGAUCUCUUGAUGCAUGUCAAAGAUGUAGAUGUUGAAGAUGCCCAGGGUCAAACUGCUUUACAUGUGGCUUGCCAGAAUGGCCAUAAGUCUACUGUCCUGUGUCUCUUGGAGAAUGGGGCUGAUGUUAACAGAGGGAAUCACAACAGGAGCACACCUUUACACUUUGCCUGCAGUCAUGGACAGAGGGACACUGCCCAUAUCCUGUUGCAGAGAGGAGCAAAGUUUAUACCAGACAGGAAUGGGAAGACACCUCUGGACUUAUGUGUAGAGGGUGGCUACAGUGAAACCUGUGAUGUGUUACUUGACAGCAUGCCCAAGCUAUUUGAACAACUAAUUUACAUGGUGCAGCGUGAAACAAUAAAAGAGAGCAUGCUGUACAAAGUGCUGUAUCACCUCUGUGCUCAGGGGGAAUCUCAGUCUGACAAGGUGUUGUGUGGUUUGUCAGAACAAGCCACUCAUAUAGGUCACAAACUCCUCAGUGUUUCUAGUGUGAUGGAAUCACAGGUGCGAAGUCUCUUGAGAUGUGUCAAGUUUUUAUGCAGACUGUACAAGCUGACAGUUGCCCAGGCUGAAGGGCUCCCGAGUAUUAAUGGUGUCCUGAAGAUCUCUCCCAGGACCUCACAGAUUUUCAGACCACUUGAGUUUCUGUGGAGACUGCUGGAAGAGUGGUUGAAUUUGUUAAAAAUUGAAUUUGAAAACUGCAGAGAUGGUGAAAAUGACAAAGACAUGCUUGACAAUGACAAAGAGAUCUGGAAAGAGGAAAAUGGAGCUGCUUGCCCGGUGGAUAGUGAUGAAGAUUCCGGUAAACACGUGGUUAAAACUCCGGACGAGGCCAAGAACUUAACAACCUGCUUUAUGUUGGGAAGUACAAACAGGUCCAAAUCCACCAGCACUCCCGAGUCCCCAAAAACCUUCCUCCAGACAGCUAGUGAAGAGUGCCUCAAGGGAAGUAACCCUCCAAAUGGUUUCCUGGAUGAGAUCAGUGCUGAUAUCCAGAAGCUAAGGAUAGACCCUGACGACCAGGAUAUUAUCGGUGCUACUGUCCCUAGAAUAUGUGCUGUCAUUCAGGCCUUCUAUAUGUCCUGUGCCUCCCAGUCUGGAGAGAUGACCUCUCCCAGAUUUAUUGAUUUUGUCUGCAGACACAACAAGGUCCUCAAAUCUUUAGUCAACAGAAAUCCAAAGGUCAUUUUUGAUCAUUUCCAUUUUUUGUUGGAAUGCCCAGAACUGAUGUCACAAUUUUUACACAUAAUCAAAUCACAGCCAUUUGAGGCACGUCGUCAGUGGUUCUAUGAAAACCUGCGCCCCUCUGAUAAUGAUAAUGACAUGAUCCACACGCCCCCAAGUGAUCAAGAUGUUCUCAUCGUUCACAGAGAUAAACUGUUUGAGACCAGCUGUAAAGAGAUCUCAAAGACCAACCCUGACCGAUUGAAGCAGGGCUUAGCAGUGAGGUUCCAGGGUGAAGAAGGCAUGGGUCAGGGGGUUGUACGAGAAUGGUUUGAUGUCCUCUCCAAAGAAAUCCUCAACCCAGACUACGCUCUCUUCACCCAGUCAGCUGAUGGCACGACUUUCCAGCCUAACAGUAACUCCUCAAUCAACCCAGACCACUUGAACUACUUCAGGUUUGCUGGUCAGUCUAUGGGCAUGGCUCUGUACCACGGCCAGCUGCUGUCUGUCUACUUCACGCGCUCUUUCUACAAACAUAUCCUAGGAAUCCCAGUCAACUAUCGGGAUGUGGCAUCCAUAGACCCAGAAUAUGCCAAAAAUUUGCAGUGGAUACUCGACCAUGACAUAUCCAACUUGGGCCUGGAUCUGACUUUCUCUGUGGAGACGGACGUGUUUGGGGUGAUGCAGGAAAUUGAGUUGAAGCCAAAUGGCUGUAAACUGCCUGUCACAGAGGCUAACAAGAAUGAGUAUGUUCAGCUAGUAACAGAGUUACGAAUGAGUCGAGCUAUCCAGCCUCAAAUUGACAGCUUUCUCUCAGGAUUCCAUGACUUUAUACCUCAAUCCUUGGUGCAGAUGUUUGACGAAUUUGAGCUGGAGGUGAUGCUGUCUGGGUUACCCGAGAUAGAUGCUGUAGACUGGAGGAAGCACACCGACUACAGUGGAUAUUCAGAUGACUACCCCAUCAUAAAGUGGUUUUGGGAUAUUGUUGGACAAUUUACACAACAAGAAAGAGUUCUUUUGCUUCAGUUUGUCACAGGGAGCUCACGUGUACCUCAUGGUGGAUUUGCCAACCUGAGUGGCAGUGGUAACACUCAGAAGUUCACCAUUAGUCAUGUGGCCUACACACAGAAACUGCUGCCUACAGCCAGCACUUGCAUUAAUUUACUAAAGUUGCCAGAUUAUCCCACUAAAGAAGAACUUUUGGACAGAUUGACAAUCGCCAUUCAGUGUGGAAGCCAAGGGUAUGGAAUGGCCUGAGAGUCAUCUCCCUUUGCCCGCAAAGGCCACAGGAUUAACCCCCUUGAAUCUUUUCCCACUAUUGUUUGCUGAUUGCGUGUCGUGCAUAGUCCAGUUUUAGAAUACCUGUACCUCUGAGAAAUGUUCCAUGAGUAAACAUGGGAAAGAGAUAUUUGGAAGUAUUUUCUUACUGAACAGAUACAAUCAUGUUUGUUGUUAUAAAUGUAGUGAACUCCCUUUCCUGGACAUUUACUUUUCCAAGCUUUUUUUAAGACCACUAGUACGGUUUGCUUGUGUAGUAAACGGUUUUGCUCAGUAUUUUGCAUACCAGUCUAUGAUCGCAUUUUACUGUAUCAGUGCUCAAAUUUCUGUAAUGAAGUGAUGUGUUUAGUCUAUCCUUGGUCUCAAGUCAAUGGGAAAAUCUUUUGUGAAGAGCAUCUACAGCUGUACAUGUAUGUGUGUUAGGUCUUAAGAGAGUUAGGUUUUGAUGUAUACAUGUGGGAUAUAUUUUUGCAACUGUAUGCUGUUUGUGGUAUGUUGUAGUUUACUUUUUUUGUUACAAAUGUACUGGCCAUAUUUAUUUAAAUAUAGAAAUCCAUUUAUUCUAGACCUUAAAUGGCAAAGGAAUGUUCAUGAUGACGAGACUUUUAUAUUGAAUAUGCAGAAUACUGAACAAUGAUCCACAGGUAUCUCUUUUAUGGAUCCCUGCAGUUUUAAUGUGAUGUUUUGCUUUUUGAGUGUUUUUAAAACACAAUUUUUUUUUUACUUAUGCAUUAAAUGUAGGCUUACUUAACCAUGUAAUGUAGUGUAAUGUGAGAGCUGUGUAUUCAACAAAUAACUGUAGAUUAGUCAAAGAGUUUUAAGUGAUCAUUCCAAGUGAUGUGGUACAUGUCUGCUUACAGUAAGAAAUACAAUGACUUAUAUCGUGCUAUUUUGUGGCUAUAUUUUGGCUCAACCCAGUAAUGAUUGUUUAACUGUGGAAUGAUUCAAUCUGAUGAUUCUGUGUAUGUAAUUUUGACAUGCAUACAUCUAAAAAAUCAAUAUAUCCAAAAUAUGUGUUUGUUGACAUUUAUUCAUUUGGCAUUAUAAAUAUUUCUAUUUCUAGAAAUAUGGAAGAUUGGUUUCCUGCAUG